GUUAGUGGAGGUCUCUGCCGAAGUCUCAAAUUGACCAGUAUCGUUCUAGAUUGGGCAUUACCUGAUCAACUCGUCUACUCAACGGUUAGCUCGCUGCUGCGUCUUGCAGAGAAAAGCUCCGGUGACAGACAGAGCAUCGUUACGGGCAUCAAACUCGUAUUUAGCUCUCCAUUGUCAUUCGAAUCUGCAGCUGACCCUCUUGCAGUGAUCAAUGUAGUCACACAGGCAUACCCAGCGCUCCACGGUCUUUACCGUGCUUUGAUCUCCACUCAGUUCAGGUGGACAAUAUCCGAUUGGCUCGCCCUCUCAAAUGUUAUUUCGGAUCUCCUUGAGGAAGACGUAAUUGACCGGUUGAAUUCUCUCGUGGCGGAUAUCGUGCAAUUGAACGAUGUAGACGCUCAUCUCCCACAAACGGUCCUCUCUCGUUAUAUUCACAAGGACCGUCCACUCUCGGGGUAUUUUGCCGUAUGCUGCGUCAUGGAAAUCCAAUGGACUGUUCUUGCUCAAACCUUGAUACCUUGGGAUGAAAAAACAAGCAAGUCAAAGGUUAUUGACAAAGUCGAAGACGCAGCUGCCGCCAACGCAGCAUGGGGUAUCUUGGUAUCCAAGAAAGUGGUCAUUCAAGACCAAUAUUCGCAGGAAGCUUUAGAUGGGCUCAAGCGGACCCGCGAUCGUGCCAUGGAGUGUUUCACGGAUCUACUAGCGCAAAUGGGGGAAAUAGAGGGUGAACCAUCUAUGGAUACUUAUGCCUGGGAGACGAUGGCUGAGUGCCUGAAAAUUGCCUCAGUUUGUUCUGCUGCACUGCAAAAUCUUGACAGUGCCCUAUACUCUCGACUUAAGCUCUUACUCGGCGACACUUCACCAGUAUAUGAUCCUUUUGUACAAGAAGCCGCACUAGAGGCCACAACGAUGCUACUACGCAACUUCAAGUCCAUUGCACCAGCUAUGAUCAGUCAUCUACGCCGCUUUGUCGCGACACCUCUAUCUAUCUUUCAAUUCGAAUUUGCCUCUGAUCAGCAAAUGCCCCCGGUGCUAUUGGCAACCGCAAAUUGUCUCGCUCUCAGCAUAAAGGUUGCUUCAAGUAAAAGCUCGGAAGGGGCAAAAAUGAUUGGCUCGUCGCCUUAUAUGAAUGAUGGAGAUGUUGCCACGAACGCUUAUGUGGAAACUGGAUUGAGGUCGUUCACAGAUGAGGAAAAGCGACUUGUAGCAAUCAGUACGGUGUGUGUGGUAUCGGUCUUAGCCAGGGAAUUCGACAUCGAAGAG